UUUCCUCACUGAAAACCACAACAAUCACUUUAGCUUCUGCCGAGUAUCCCUUGUUUUAAAACACACACACCUAUGGUUAAAGCAGCUCUCACCCUUUGCUUCCUACUUUUGUCCCACAUUUCAGUGGGAACAUUGGUGUUAGCAAAUGAAAAGAAAACUUGGUGUGUAGCUAAACCUUCAUCAGAUCAGAAAACACUACAAGAAAACAUAAAUUAUGCAUGUUCUCAGGUUGAUUGUAGGAUCUUGCAAAAGGGUUGCCCUUGUUCUUCCCCAGAUAAUCUCAUGAACCAUGCUUCUAUUGUUAUGAACCUCUAUUACCAAGCUAAGGGAAGGAAUUAUUGGAAUUGUCACUUUGGUAAUUCUGCCCUCAUUGUUUUGACUGACCCAAGUUAUGGCAGCUGUAUUUAUGAAUGAAGCCAUCAUUAGGAUAAGCAGCUAAAUGUGGAUGCCAUUCUUUUGAUCCUUUUUCCUUUUUUGGUUGACUACUUGUUUAAGAAUAUUAUUAGUAACAUAUAAUAUGUCAUUCUAGGGAGAGAGAAGCUCAUAUGACAAUUAGUUCUCAAAAUAUAGUCCUGUACAAUAACCCUUAAUUUCAAUAAGUCCUUGUAUAAGUGGUGCCAAAGAUCUUGUGUGAAACUUUUAUUCCCUUGGGGAUUUGUAUUCUGCUUCAGCUGAAUUAUAAAUAAGCAAAAAUGCCACUUUACUUCA